GAUUUUUAUUAUCGACUGUCAUCACUGCUCAUCAUCAUCAUCAUCUUCUUCUUCUUCUUCUUCUUCUUCUACCUCUGCUUCCUUUCUUUUCUUUUUUUUUUGUUGUCACCCAAAAUUAAAUUUAUCUUUGCUCUCUCGAACUCCACACAUAUUUCUUCCAUUUUCUACAACAUCCCACCACUUCGAUGGACACUGAUAUUUCUAAUCUUUGCAGAAACCUAACCCUAACAAAUCCUUAAAAGCUAGAGCUCUUUUCUUUUUUAUUUUUUAUAAUUCAUUUGGGGACCCUAGAUGUUAGAGCGAUGGAUAUAACCCCCACCAUCACCACCACCACCACAACUGGAGCUACAAAAUCCCCAGAAGCUGACAGCGAGACACCAACCCGGAUCCAACCGUCCAAGCCCUCAUCUUUCUCCAACGGCGUACUGAAACGGCACAAUCCGCACCACCAGCAGUACCAGCACCACCACCUCGCCAACCCGCAACUAGUUGUCACCUACAAAGAAUGCCUCAAGAACCAUGCAGCAUCCUUAGGAGGACAUGCUCUGGACGGCUGCGGCGAGUUCAUGCCCUCCCCUUCAGCAACCUCCGCUGACCCAACAUCCCUCAAAUGCGCCGCCUGUGGCUGCCACCGUAACUUCCACCGCCGCGAGCCGGAGGACCCAAUCUCAACCACCACCACCACUCAUGUCAUUGAGUACCAGCCCCACCAUCGCCACCACCCUCCGCCACCGCCGCCACCUGCGUCAAAUCGGAGCCCCAAUUCAGCUUCCCCACCGCCGAUCUCCUCGUCCUACUACCCCUCCGCGCCCCACAUGCUUUUGGCUCUCUCUGGGGGCCUGUCAGCUCCGCCGGAGAGCGGAGCUGAUCCUACUAACGCUAUGGUCACGCUGAGCCCGAAUGCUAGAAAGCGGCACAGGACCAAGUUCAGCCAGGAGCAGAAGGAGAAGAUGUUCCAGUUUGCGGAGAGAGUGGGGUGGAAGAUGCAAAAGAGAGACGAGGAAUUGGUGCAGAAGUUCUGCAAUGAAAUUGCGGUGGAAAAGGGUGUGCUGAAGGUGUGGAUGCACAACAAUAAGAACACCUUUGUGAAGAGGGAUGCUAAUGGUGGUCAGAACAGCAACAUUCUUGAGCAUACCCACAACAACGGCAACGGCAACGGCAACGCCACCACCGCCGCCACCACCACCACCAACAACAACAACAACGAAAACAUCAACCUGGGCGAGAACCCGAAUCACUACCAGAGUGACAGCGGGGCUCAUGGUGCCACUAAUGGGUCAUCUUCGUCUUCUUGAUCUUUGAUGAAAUAAUAAGGUGUUAGUUUAUAGAGUAAGACUCUCUGGGUUAUUAAUUAAUUGUAGUCGUUUCUGCUCAGUUUAAUUGUUUUUUUUUUCGUAGUUUAUAUUAAUGAGAUGAUGAUCACUUUGUUGAGGAUAUCAUGGAAGAGCUAGAUUGAUCCAAAAAGGGAAUUUAAUUUGGUUUAUUUAAUCUCUCUUUUCGCUGGUCUAAGUACUUUAACUCUGAUAUUUAUUAAUUUUUCUAAAGUUCAUUUGGCAUGA